UUAGGAGUUGGGACAUAAGUACUGUACUAAAAAAAAAGUAAAAAGUAGAGCAAGCUUUAAGCGGCAAGUCGGCACAGCGGGAAUCACGACGGCGCAGCAGGGGAGUGAACUUUGAAGAGAGCCAUUCUCUUCAGCUGCUAUUACCCUACCCUAUGCGCUUCAAUCGGAGAAGAUAUUAGUAGUAGAUUUUGGUUACAGAGCUCGCCGGUGACUUGAAGAAGUUUGACGAAGAUGUCAGACCUAGACAGGCAAAUAGAACAGCUCAAGAGAUGCGAACCGUUAAAGGAAUCGGAAGUGAAAGGUCUUUGUCUUAAAGCUAUGGAAAUCCUCGUUGAAGAAAGCAAUGUGCAGAGAGUGGACGCCCCUGUCACUAUAUGUGGUGAUAUCCAUGGGCAAUUUUACGACAUGAAAGAGCUAUUCAAAGUGGGAGGUGAUUGUCCAAAGACAAAUUACUUGUUUCUCGGAGAUUUUGUUGAUAGAGGAUUUUAUUCCGUUGAGACAUUUCUUCUUCUACUAGCUCUGAAGGUGAGAUAUCCAGAUCGAAUCACUCUUAUCAGAGGUAACCAUGAGAGCCGCCAGAUCACACAGGUGUAUGGAUUCUAUGAUGAGUGCCUGCGGAAGUAUGGUUCAGUAAAUGUUUGGAGAUAUUGCACGGAUAUCUUUGACUACUUAAGCUUGUCCGCUCUUAUUGAGAAUAAGAUAUUCUCUGUUCAUGGUGGUCUUUCUCCUACAAUAUCUACAUUAGACCAGAUUCGAACUAUUGAUCGAAAGCAAGAGGUUCCCCAUGAGGGUGCCAUGUGUGACCUACUAUGGUCAGAUCCAGAGGACAUUGUUGAUGGAUGGGGACUGAGUCCUCGUGGUGCAGGUUUCCUUUUUGGUGGCAGUGUUGUUACUUCAUUUAACCAUACAAAUAACAUAGAUUACAUAUGCCGUGCACAUCAGUUAGUAAUGGAAGGAUUUAAAUGGAUGUUCAAUAAUCAGAUAGUUACAGUCUGGUCUGCUCCGAACUACUGUUACAGAUGUGGGAAUGUUGCCGCAAUUCUUGAGCUAGAUGAGAAUCUUAAUAAGCAAUUCCGUGUGUUUGAAGCCGCUCCACAGGAAUCGAGAGGAGCACCUGCUAAAAGGCCUCCACCAGAUUACUUCCUGUAAAACCACAAAAGGAUCCAGUUUUUGCCAUCAAUAUACCCACACUGUUGACAAGAUGGUUGUAGAGCGCAUGCAGGAGAUGCUCUCAAAUGAUUCAUACUAGAUCACUUAACCACUUCAUACUAGAUCACUUACUGGUUAUCUGGUAGAAGGCUUCUUGGGUUCACAGAAAGAAUGGUACCAUUGUGUGGGUUUUCUUAUAUCUUACUGAGAUCCGAUUGCCAUAUUGGCCAUUUCGAAAUCCGAUAUUUUUUUCCUUGUAAUGAUGGUGUGUAAUAGAAUGGGACAUGAUGUGAAAAUUGCAUUUGGGCAGCUUCACUCUCCUGUAAAGGAGUUGUACGACUGAAAUCGAGGACCGCAUUUGAGCAUCUUGUUACAUAUGGACUUUGCCAAUCAGAAAAUGUUUUUUGGUUCUCAUGUUACAUUUAAUGCAAUUCAGGCUGUGUUAGCAAAACUUCAGGCUGUGUUAACAAAGCUUGUACACAUUUUGUAAGGUUGGAUUGUUCGAUUUGGUGCAAGAUAUGAGGUGCGGGAAAGUUUUGUUCA